CCACCACCAGCCGGGCUGAGGGGAGUCAGGGGAGCCCGCCGCAGCUAUAUAUAAACCUGGGGAGCCCGGUCCAGCCAUUCCAGUCCUACCGUUGUGCAUCCAUAGCAAGCAAUGGCGUUCCUUAAGGUCGCGGUGGCAGUGAGCACCCUACUGGCUGCGGUCGCUCUGACGCGCGCCGAGCCGCCCAACAACCAGUACCUGCCACCGACCUCCGGCGGCAGCAACGGCUACAACUACGACAGGCCGUCGGUGCCCUUCCAACCCAGGCCGCCGGCGCCCACGCCCGCCUACAGGCCGUCGCCCCCGCCCCCGCCCCCGGCGCCACGCCCCACCUACUCGGCACCCACCAGCACCGGCGGCUACGACUACAACGCCCAGGCGAACCUGCCCCAGAGCCACGGAGGAGACCACGAUGACCACCAUCACGAGCCCGGCAUGCCCUACGACUUCAACUACGCCGUCAAGGACGACUACUACGGCACGGACUACAGCCGCAACGAGGUGUCUGACGGCAACGUGAUCACCGGCGAGUACCGCGUCCAGCUCCCCGACGGCCGCCUGCAGAUCGUGCGCUACACGGCGGACUGGCAGAACGGCUACAACGCGGACGUGUCGUACGAGGGUGAGGCGAAGUACCCCGAGCCCAAGCUCAACCAGGGCUCCAACGUCAACCAGUACCAGCCACAGCAAAACAACGGCGGAUACCAAUAUCGCAGAAAGUAAACAAGAAUAAGAAAGUUAUGUAUUUUUUACGGAACAAAUCUGACUCUCACGACCGCCAGCUGCAGCCUUGGCGCCCGCCAAAGUGAUUUAAUGUUAUUGAUAAUUUGUGUUUUUAUGUCAUUAUAAUAUUUAGUUGUUUUCUUUUUAUAUAAUUCCGCUGCAUCUCAUACAUGUAUUGUUAUCACUAUCAUUGCAGAUUGAAUUGUUUUUCUUUUUGUCUCUCUGUUAAGACAGCUUUGGGUUGUCUUUUCAUAGAAGUAAGCCAAAUAAACGUUACGAAGAGAGGAAAAACUGUAAACGGGAUACUCUACAUGCGAAUCACCUGGUCAUUCUGAUACUCGGUUGUGAACAAAUGAGUUCUUUGAUGACACACGUUUCCCAACUGAGUUAACGGAUAAGAUGAUUCGCAUUUAGAGCUGAGGCCCGGCUCGCGGCCAUGCGACUGUCGGGUCCAGAUCAACUCGCAAGAAAUCCUCUGAGUAUUAUUAUGUUUUUAAAAAAAGUUGACGUUGAGAUGUGCCACCCUGCAUUGUACAUAACCUCGUGUGAAUGAGUGAGCGAAUGAACAGUGAUGAAUGACAUGUGUGAGAGUUGGGCUGAAAACCCAAGUGUAAUGACUGUGACCUUGUAUAAAUAUUUUAUUAAUAAAAGAUAAAUUUUAAGUCAA